AUGGCAAGGGAAAGAUUGGAUUCUGGUAUAAAUGUCCCUGAUCUUAAACUUAGGUUAAUUUGGGAUAGGAAAACUGAUGGUCGAAUCGACAAUCUCCCAACUGUGUCCGAAGUUGCCGCAUUAAUCGUAGGAGAUGUUGACGAAGCUGAAGAAAGAGAUAUUAUUAUUCAAGCACAAGGUGGUCACUUACAAAGAAUUGAUGAAUUUCAUGCUAGCUAUCUUGCUUACCAAUAUCCUUUGAUUUUCCCAUAUGGAGAAGAUGGAUACAGACCCAAUAUAUCACAUAGAGAAACUUCACAACCUGAGAACGCAACAAAAGUUAAGAAACAUAAUAGGUUAACAAUUAGAGAGUGGUUUGCAUAUAGAAUCCAAAUGAGGGCAUUUGAGAGCAAAACAUUAUUAUCAUCAAGAAGGUUGCUUCAAGAAUUUUUGGUGGAUGGAUUCACAAUGAUGGAGGCAGAGAAUUUGAGGUGGCUUAAAAAGAAUCAAACAAAGCUUAGGGUUUCAAAAUAUAGCAGUCUUAGUAAUGAAAGUCAACAAAAUAAUGUUGAGGGAUCGACAAAAGGAAAAAGAUAUGUUUUGCCAUCUACUUAUGUUGGAGGCCGCCGUUUUAUGGAUCAACUUUACUUUGAUGGAAUGGCUAUAUGCAGCAAAGUCGGAUUUCCUGAUCUAUUUAUUACCUUUACAUGUAAUCCGAAAUGGCCAGAAAUUUUAAGAUUGUUGACUCCUUUGCAUCAGAGGGCACAUGAUCGGCCAGACAUUGUAUCAAGGAUCUUUAAAAUGAAAUUUGAUCAACUAAUGUUUGAUUUAACAAAGAAAGGAAUAUUGGGGAAAGUUUUGGCAUAUAUGUAUACAAUUGAGUUUCAAAAAAGAGGGCUGCCUCAUGCACAUAUUUUGCUCUUCUUGCAUCCAUCAAAUAAAUAUCCUGCUCCAGAUGAUAUUGACAAAAUUAUUUCUGCGGAGAUACCCGAUCCUAUGAAAGAACCAGAAUUGUAUGAUUUGGUUAAGGCACACAUGAUUCAUGGUCCAUGUGGUUUGGCAAAUCAAAGUUCACCAUGCAUGAGAGAGGGAAGAUGUUCUAAGUAUUAUCCCAAAAAGUUCCAGGCAUCGACAAUUGUUGAUCAAGAAGGGUUUCCGAUUUACAAAAGAAGAAAAAAUGGUCGCACCAUAGAAAAAGGAGACAUUGUUUUUGACAAUUCACAUGUUGUUCCGCAUAAUCCAACUUUGCUUCUUAAAUAUCAAGCUCACAUAAAUAUGGAAUGGUGCAAUCAAAGUUCCUCCAUUAAAUAUUUGUUUAAAUACAUUAAUAAGGGGUCAGAUAGAAUCAGUGCUAUGAUUGAGUCUAAUGAAGAUCAAGGUUCAUCUUCUCAGCAUAGAGAAUUAGAUGAAAUCAAACAACAUCUCAAUUGUAGAUAUGUUUCAGCAAGUGAAGCAUGCUGGAGAAUAUUUUCUUAUUCAAUACAUGGUAGAAAACCUGUUGUACAAAGAUUAUUCUUUCAUGAUGAGGGUGAAAAUUGUGUUUACUAUAAAGAUCAUGAGAAAAUUGGUGAUGUUCUCCUCAAGCCAAGUGUGACUGAAUCGAUGUUCACUUCUUGGAUGGAAGCUAAUAAGUUGUAUCCAGAAGGAAGAUUAUUAACCUACAGUGAGUUCGUUUCGAAGUUUGUUUAUGUGAAAGAAAGAAGAUCAUGGAAACCUCGAAAAAAGGGCUAUACCAUUGGGAGACUCACUUGGGUGCCUCAAAGUACUAGAGAAUUGUAUUAUUUGAGAAUGAUGCUAACUGUUGCUAGGGGUCCGACAUCUUACAAGGAUCUCAAAUUUGUUAAGGGAAUCCAAUAUCUUACUUUCCGAGAGGCAUGUUAUGCAAUGGGGUUUUUACAAGAUGAUAGAGAAUUUAUUCAAGGAAUAAAGGAAGCACAUCUAUGGGGUUCAGGUUAUUUUUUAAGGAAGCUUUUUGUAUGCAUGCUAUUGUCCGAAUCAAUGGAUAGGCCUAACCAUGUUUGGGAGAACUCAUGGAGGUUCCUUUAUGAUGGAAUUCUUUAUGAUCAAAGGAGACUCACAAGAAACCCAGAUUUAAUGUUAACGGAUGAUGAAUUGAAAAAUUUGACACUUAUUGAAAUUGAGAAACACUUGCAAUCAAAUGGAAGAAGCUUAAAAGAGUUCAAAUGCAUGCCGUAUCCUAAUGGUUAUAUUGCUGAUUUCUUCGGAAACAGAUUAAUAGAUGAUGAAAGGAAUUAUGACCCUGUUGUUCAAGAACAAAUUUUUCAACAAUUGUUUGCUUCUCUUACAGAUGAACAAAGGGACAUUUAUGAAGAGAUCAUGAAGGCAGUGACAAAACAACAAGGUGGGGUCUUUUUUCUCUAUGGUUAUGGAGGAACUGGGAAAACAUAUAUGUGGAAUACUUUGGCUGCAGCGUUGAGAUCAAAAAAGGAUAUCGUUCUCACUGUUGCAACAAGUGGUAUUGCUGCUUUAUUAUUGCCAGGUGGAAGAACUGCGCAUUCAAGAUUCAAAAUCCCCGUUCCUACACUUCGAUCAUCGAUUUGCAACAUAGAACAAGGAACUGACUUGGCUGAACUUUUAAAGCAAACAAAGUUGAUUAUAUGGGAUGAGGCACCAAUGGCACACAUAUUUUGUUUUGAGGCUUUGGAUAAAUCUUUGAGAGAUAUCAUGAGUGUCAGAGGAAAGCCUUCAAAACUAAUUUUCGGUGGAAAAGUUGUAGUGUUUGGAGGUGAUUUCAGACAAAUACUUCCGGUUGUACCAAACGGAAAUAGAUCAGAUAUCAUCCAUUCUACAAUAAAUGCCUCAUAUAUUUGGAAUCACUGCAAAGUUUUGAAAUUGACAAGGAAUAUGCGACUCUCGAAUGAUCGAUCACAAAAUUCAGAAGAGAUAAGAAAGUUUUCUGAAUGGAUUUUGAGAGUUGGUGAUGGAAAGAUUGGUGAAGGAAAUGAUGGUUAUAAUGAUAUUGAGAUCCCACGUGAGCUUUUAAUAACUGAUUUUACAAAUCCUAUUGAAGCAAUUGUUCAGAGCACAUAUCCGAAUUUAAUUGAGAAUUUUCAAGAUGGAAAUUUCUUGAGGAAUAGGGCUAUACUGGCUUCUACAAUUCAGGUUGUUGAUGAUAUUAAUAACCAUGUUUUGGAUCUUCUCCCAGGAGAAGAAAAGGAAUAUUUUAGUUCAAAUUCCAUAGAUCGCAGUGAAGCAAAUGAAAACGAUGGUUUUGAACAGGUGACAUCAGAAUUUCUUAACUGUCUUCAAACAUCUGGGUUACCAAAUCAUUCUAUCAAACUCAAAGUUGGAACACCAAUAAUGUUAUUAAGGAAUUUAGAUCAAGCAGAUGGCUUAUGCAAUGGAACUCGAUUAACAGUCACGAGGCUUGGUAAUCAUGUUAUUGAGGCCAACAUUAUAACUGGAAAAAAUAUUGGAAACAAGGUAUACAUUCCAAGAAUGUCAUUAUCACCUUCACAAUCACCGUGGCCGUUUAAACUUUUGCGGAGGCAAUUUCCGAUUGGUGUAUCGUUUGCAAUGACAAUUAAUAAAUCACAAGGAAAGUCAUCUAAAGCUCUCAAAGUCAUUGAAUCUGAAGAAGAAUCCCCUGAUCGAGAUUCUAAUGAAGAGACUAUUGAGAAAAUGGCUAUGCUUUCCAACAAGCUUCAAUAUCUGGCAAAGAAGAACAAGAAGGGUUGCUUCAACUUGAAUCUGGGGUUAGUGGCGACAGUGACUUCAGAAGAUGAACUUGACUCAGACUCUGAAGAUAAAAAUGAGGUUCAUGAGGAGCACAAUCUAGGUGAGGAGGAAGGUGCAAACUUGCACCAUGAUGAGGAAUUUCAUCACCAUGAUGCCGAAGGGAACUUUGUUAAUGAAAGAUGGGCAUGGAUGCAAACGGAGGUUCAGAGGAUAAGCACCGAACAACAAAGGCAAGGUGUUGAAAUAACCGGGCUAAGGAACGAUGUCCUUUGGCUUUGA